CAAAACCAAACCCCUGCUUCAUCAUGGGAUCCAUCCAAACCAUGAAGGCUGUUGUUUACAACGGCCCCAACCGUAUGGCGAUUGAAGAUCGGCCAAAGCCUUUCAUCACAGAGCCCACAGACGCCAUUGUCCGGGUCACCUACACCACCAUCUGCGGCACUGACCUCCAUCUCCUCCAAAACGACAUCCCAUGCGAACCGGGCUGUAUCCUCGGCCACGAAGGCGUCGGUGUGAUUGACUCGGUCGGAUCGAGCGUGAGCAACCUUCAAGUCGGCCAAACCGUCCUGAUCUCCUGCAUUACCUCAUGCGGACACUGUCGCUUCUGUCGCAAGGGCAUGUCCUCUCAGUGCACGUCCGGGGGAUGGAUCCUGGGCAACAAGAUCGACGGCACCCAAGCGCAAUACGUCCGGAUCCCCCACGCUUCGUUUUCGCUCCACGCUUUGCCAGAGGGGAUCGACCCCAAGGCCUAUGUCAUGCUGUCCGAUGUGUUCCCCACCGCCUUCGAAUGCGGGAUACUGAACGGGGACAUCAAGCCGGGCGCGCGGGUUGCCAUUCUGGGCGCAGGACCUAUUGCUUUGACCGCACUGAUGAUCCUGAAGCGGGGAUACGGGCUCCCUCAGCAGGUGGUGAUCAUCAGCAGGGGCGAGUAUCGGCUCGAGCGAGCGAAGGAGCUGGGCGCCGACCAUGUGCUCACCACGUUCAACGGUCGCGAAAAGACGCUCGAGGCUUGUCGGAGGCUGACGGAUGGAGAGCUAUUCGAUGUGGUCAUUGAAGCAGCCGGAGCGAAAGAAACAUUUGAUCUAUCGCAGUAUUUGGUGGCUCCGGGUGGAACUAUCGCGUCGCUGGGGGUGCAUGGAAGUAGUUGUGCCUUCCAUCUGGAGCACUUGUGGCAUCGGAAUAUUUGUCUGCGGACGAGUCUCGUGGACACGAGUACCACGCCGGAGUUGCUGAAGAUGGUCAAGGCUGGGAUCCUUACCCCGGACACUUUUCUGUCGCAUACAUUUGCGCUCGAUGAGAUUGAGCAGGCAUAUGAGGUCUUCCGGGCAGCGUCUACACACCGCAGUAUGAAAGUAUUGCUCACCUUGUGA